ACCCGUGACCCCAUUAGCCCUUUUUCUCCCGUCGUCCUCCUCCUCUUCCCCAAGGACGGGAACUAAGAAAGUAAACGAAAAGAGAGAGGGAGAAAUCAGUUACUUGCUAAUGAAGCGAGCAAAAUAUUAAGCAAGAGAAGCACAACGAGGGAUCCAAUAAUUACUGUUUAGGAGAGGCUAAGAGUAGAAAGCAAUCGAGAAGGAGAGAGAUCUAAAGAAAGAGAGAGAGAGAGAGGGUGUGCAGAAUAGAAUGCAGCGGUACAACAGCGGCGCGGGCCGCUCGCCCUCGGAUCCGAAUCGGAUGGCGGCGGACCUCCCCCUGGUCGUCUCCCUCAACUGCCUCGAGGACCCGUCCCUAGAGCAGGAGGUCCUCGCCGGCGUCGCUGCCAUCGAGCACGUCGGCCUCUCCCGCCUUGCCGACGGCCGGAUCGAGUCGGCCGCCGCAGUUCUCGUCCACUCCCUCGCCUUCCUCCCCCGCGCCGCCCAGCGCCGCCUCCGCCCCUGGCAGCUCAUCCUCUGCCUCGGCUCCACCGACCGGACGGUCGACUCUGCCCUCGCCGCCGACCUGGGUCUCCGUCUGGUCCACGUUGACGCCGGCCGCGCCGAGGAGGUCGCUGACACCGUCAUGGCCCUCUUCCUCGGCCUCCUCCGCCGGACCCAUCUCCUCUCCCGCCACUCCUCCUCCUCCUCCGCCGCCUCCGGCUGGCUCGGCUCUAUCCAGCCUCUCUGCCGCGGGAUGCGCCGCUGCCGUGGCCUCGUGCUUGGGAUCAUCGGGAGGUCCGCGUCCGCCCGCUGCCUCGCCACCAGGAGCCUGGCCUUCAAGAUGAGCGUCCUCUACUUCGAUCUGAACCACAAGGGCAAAGGAAAGUCCAGAAGGCCUCCUAUUGCAUUUCCUCCUGCCGCUCGGAGAAUGGACACACUCAAUGACCUAUUGGCAGCAAGCGAUCUUGUUUCACUUCACUGUUCGCUAUCCAAUGAUACAAUGCAUAUUCUUAAUGCAGAAUGUCUGCAGCAUAUAAAGCCUGGGGCAUUUAUAGUUAAUACUGGUAGUGGUCAGCUAAUAGAUGAUUGUGCACUAAAACAGCUUUUGAUUGAUGGAACUAUAGCUGGUUGUGCAUUGGAUGGUGCUGAGGGGCCACAGUGGAUGGAAGCAUGGGUAAGAGAGAUGCCAAAUGUGUUAAUUCUUCCUCGGAGUGCAGAUUACAGUGAAGAAGUAUGGAUGGAAAUAAGGGAGAAAGCAGUCACUAUAUUGCAGUCAUUUUUCUUUGAUGGAGUUAUUCCAAACAAUGUUGUUUCUGAUGAAGAUGAAGAAAAAAGUGAAACUGGGUAUGAGGAAGACCAGUCGGAGAAACAAGACAAGGAAAGGGUUUCUGAUGGUGAGCAGCAGACAGAUGAGAGCCAUAUCAGCUCGGAAUAUUAUAAGAAAAAUGAUAUCCAUCAAUCGAAGGAAUCUCAGGCUUCAGGUCUAUCUCAAAACAUUGGCUCUAGAUCUGAAGGAAGGCAUGGUAGAUCUGGUAAGAAGGGUAAAAAGAGACCUGCUCGCCGUAGAUCCCAGCAGAAGUCAGAUGAUUUUUCAGCAGUGGAAAAUGAUAGUAAUUACACCUCGCGUCGGGAGGAUGAUACUGCUAUAAGUUCUCGGUUUGCUUCUCCUGAGGAUUCUAGAAAUAAACAGAUUUGUCUUGUGGAAUCAGCAAGGGAAUCAACUCCAGAAAAACAAAUGGAAGUAAAUACUGGGUUUAGCAGAAAUUCUGUCAAGCUGCUGAGAGAUGGUUUUGUUAUAGCAUUACAUGCAAGAGACCGGCCAGGGUUCCAUGUAUCUAGGCAAAGAGUUCCUGGUAAUGGGUGGUUCCUUGAUACAUUGUCUAAUGUAACAAAAAGGGAUCCAGCUGCACAAUUCAUUGUUGCCUUUAGGAGCAAGGAUACACUAGGAUUGCGAUCUUUUGCUGCUGGCGGGAAACUUUUGCAGAUUAAUAGAAGAAUGGAAUUUGUAUUUGCAAGUUAUAGUUUUGAUGUGUGGGAGAGUUGGAUGCUAGAAGGUUCUGUGUUGGAAGAAUGUAGACUUGUGAAUUGCAGAAAUCCAUUGGCUGUAUUGGAUGUACGCAUUGAGAUUCUUGCAGCUGUGAGUGAAGAAGAUGGAGUUGCUCGAUGGCUUGAUUAAGUUAUUUGUGACUUUUUUUAAAAAAAGAGGUUACCUGUGAUUUGUGAGAAAUGCUUAAGCGAACCAACUGCUCUUAGUUUUGUGUUCGUUUUCCUAUCGGUUACGCCGCAAGUCAUUCAAUUUUUAAUAUGUUUGUGUGGGAAUCCAUGUCCUUGGAUGUUCAAUUUAAACAAUGUCCUAGUUUUUGUAUCAACUUCAAUCUGCAUCUUCUUAAAUUUUGGCUCCCGUUUUCUGCCUGAUA